ACAUCACAUGGACUACAGUAGAGCUAUGAUUGCAGUACUCAUUGACACCACUGUGUAGUGUUGUAUAGAUUGCAAGUUGUGUUGAAACCAGAGUUUUGUUGUAUUUGUUUUGAUUGAGUGAUUGAUUGUUUGAUUGCUAUAAUAGUUGUGAUUAGUGUUGAAAGGAUUGGUCCAUAAGUGAGACAAUAAGAGGAAGUGAUGGCGAAUCCGUGGAUCAAAUGAGCGACGCUUUAGUGAUGGAGCGUUUGGGAGACGACACGAGUAGUACGGCUGCGGCCGUCGGCGCCAAUCGGCCGAAGAGGUUGGUCUACAUCACGGGUCGGCACAAGAUGUGCGACAAUAGCAUUACGACAGCGAAGUAUAAUUUGGCGACAUUUGUGCCGAAGUUUCUGUUCGAACAGUUCCACCGCUACGCCAACAUAUUCUUCCUGUUCAUUGCACUCAUGCAACAGAUCCCAAACGUGUCGCCCACCGGCCGAUACACCACCGCUUUGCCACUCAUUUUCAUACUUCUGGUCUCUGCCGUCAAAGAGAUCUUUGAGGACAUUAAGAGACAUCGAGCCGAUAGGGGCGUCAACACCACUCUUGUGCUCGUACUCAACAAAUUCAGCUCUCAGUGGGAGUGGAGGUAUUGGCAACAGAUCCAAGUCGGCGACAUCGUUAAGAUCACAAACGACCAGUUCUUUCCCAGCGAUCUCUUUCUCUUGGCUUCUUCUGAACCAAACGGCAUGUGUUAUAUCGAGACCGCAAAUCUUGACGGAGAGACCAAUUUAAAGAUUAGGCAUUCCCUCAAAGAGACCACUCAUUGUCUGAGUAGCGAACAAUUGGUGUCUGAGCUGUCGCUGGCGUCCAUCCAAUGCGAUCAACCGAACCGUCAUUUGUAUGAAUUUCAGGGAAACCUAAAGCUGUCGGAAACGGUUCACCCGAUUGGACCCGAAAACAUAGUCCUCAGAGGAGCCAAACUGCGGAACACAAACUGGAUAUUUGGUUGCGUUAUCUAUACGGGACAUGAAAGCAAACUUAUGAUGAACUCUUCAGUUCAGGCGCCCAUCAAGCGAUCAAAUGUGGAGAAGAUUACAAACAAGCAAACGAUUCUGUUGUUCGCUAUACUAUUAGUAAUUUGCGUCAUAUCUGCCACCGCUUCCUAUAUAUGGAAGAAGCAAAACAAAGAUCACUGGUAUUUGGACGGACUCGAAGACGCCCUGUCGUCCAAUUACUUCUUCGUUUUGUUGACAUUCAUUAUAUUAUACAACAAUUUGAUCCCUAUAUCACUUCAAGUGACCCUUGAAAUGGUUCGCUUCAUUCAGGCCUCGUUUAUCAACGCAGACAUCGAGAUGUACUGCCCGGAGAAGGACACACCCGCUAUGGCCCGCACCUCCAACUUGAAUGAAGAAUUGGGACAAGUUAAGUACAUACUAUCGGACAAAACGGGAACUCUUACUUGUAAUGUAAUGGAGUUUAAGAAGUGUUCGGUCGCUGGCAUUGUGUUCACUGAACAUGAUUUUCCUGAUCUGAUCCAAAGAUUGAAUUCAAAUGAAUCGGAAUCUUAUUAUAUAAGAGAAUUCUUGACACUAUUAUCGGUUUGCCAGACAGUUGUGCCCGAAUUGUCGGACACUGAACUGACUCCGGAUGGAAAGCAAAUGAUCCGAUAUCAAGGCGCCAGUCCUGAUGAGGCGGCUCUGGUUAAAGGCGCACAACUAAUUGGGUUUGAAUUCACGGCCAGAACUCCUCAAUGCGUAUUCAUUAAUGCUUUGGGAACUGAAGAAAAGUAUGAGAUUCUCAAUGUUUUGGACUUUACUUCUGAUCGCAAAAGAAUGUCAACAAUAGUGCGAACACCUGAAGGAAAGAUCAAACUAUACAUAAAAGGCGCAGAUUCUGUAAUUUACGACCGAUUGUCGAAAUCAUCGGAAUUUGGAGACACGACUGAAACAAAUUUAACCGCAUUCGCCAACGAAGGCCUCCGAACCCUGUGUUGUGCUGUUGUGGACAUCGAGGAGAAGGUGUAUCAGGACUGGAAUAAGAAAUAUAUUGAGGCACAGACUCUGGAGUCGGGACCGAAUGCCCAGAGUCUGUUUAACGGCAAUCAGCCAGAAGUGGCUCUCAUUGUUGACGGAAAGACAUUGAAUUUCGCCAUGACUUCGGAAUUAAGUCAAAUGUUUAUGGAAAUUGCAUUGAAGUGCAAAGCAGUCAUCUGUUGUCGCGUAUCGCCGGCACAGAAGGCAGAGAUCGUUGAAGCCGUCAAAAAGACAACCAAUUCUAUAACACUAGCCAUCGGCGACGGAGCCAAUGAUGUGGCGAUGAUUAGAGCGGCUAAUGUUGGGGUCGGCAUAUCAGGACUCGAAGGUUUACAAGCGGUACAUUCGUCGGACUACGCGAUCGCACAGUUUAAAUUCCUGUCCCGUUUACUACUAGUGCACGGCUCGUGGUCUUUAUCCCGGUUAUGCAAAUUAAUUCUCUAUUCGUUCUACAAAAACAUUGCACUCUAUAUAUUAGAGCUAUGGUUUGCAUCGGUGUCCGCGUGGUCAGGACAGGCGGCCUUUGAGCGCUGGUCUCUUAGUCUAUAUAACGUUAUAUUCACAGCCGCGCCGCCGAUGGUUAUCGGCCUCUUUGACAGACAGUGUUCGGCCGAAACGAUGAUGAAAUAUCCGGCUCUAUAUAAAACACAUGCAGAUAUGUUUAACGUAAAGCUGUUCUGGACAUGGAUUUUAUCGGGCGUUUGGCACUCGUUGUUACUCUUUUGGUUGACAUACUUCUCGGUUAGUAAUGACACCCUUUGGCAACACGGGAGGGCUGACGGCGGAUAUUUGGUGUUUGGUAAUAUGCUAUUCACUUAUACUGUGAUAACGGUGUGUUUGAAAGCUGGUCUUGAGAUCAAUGCGUGGACUUGGGUGACACACGCGGCCAUUUGGGGGUCGAUUGCGAUGUGGUUUAUAUAUCUGAUGAUAUAUUCGCGAUUCUGGGGUCUGUUUGAGUUGGUUGGGGCCGAUAUGGCCGGAAUCGAUCAAAUGAUCUUCUCGUCCGGUGUGUUCUGGUUUGGGAUCGGAAUCAUUCCAUUGAGUGCUUUACUCGUCGACAUAUCAUAUAAACUGAUUUCGCGGACGUGUUUCAAGACAUUGACGGAUCAGAUAACGGAAAUGGAAUUAGCGAACAGUCCAUCGCAACAGUCGAUGCUCUUAGAGACGGCCCGACUCUUCAAAAACGUGUUUCACGUAAAACGAGACAAAUCUAAAGACGGGCGGAGACGACACCGACAGGAAGUAGAGCUCGACCUCCAACACGGGUACGCCUUCUCACAGGAAGAACACGGAGCCAUCUCUCAGUCAAACGUAAUCAGAUCCUACGACACCACACGAUCCAAACCUUCGGGCAUUUAAGUGCAAAUAACCACUCUUUUAGUCAUAACAGAGACUAUAUUUAACUAUAUAUUUAAGA